UCGAUAUGAGCGCCUCGUCUGCCUCCUCCGAGAUGGCGACACGUAGGCAUCAGUCAACAGAGGGGAGCGACUGGAGUGUGCAGGAAGAACUGAAUGACGAUCCGAAAACGAUCUUCCUUAGGAAGUAUCUACCUUGGGUCAUGGAGCAGUGUGAAAAAGACUCAAAACCUUGCGCCGACAAGCGUUGAUACAGCGUACAACAUUUUCAGGAAGCACAGUCUGCGGCGAUUCUGGUCAAAUCACAUGCUGAAGAUGGAGCGAAGUGAGACAAAGAUCAACUUUGACACCACGGCCGCGAAGACUGCAAGGAUUGUGCAGGAUGCGAUUCUGAAGGAGACAUCGAGGGCUGCAGGGCUGUUGGAGAAUGAAAGCAACAGUCAGGACAAGCUAGAGUGCUCAGCGCGGCCAAAACGAAAGAUGCAGCAAGGUGGAUCCUUCAAGGAGAGCAACAAGCAGGUGAGGACUGUAGACGAGACUUCAACAAGUUGGGAGAUUGAUGAAGACGUAACCACCAUCAGCAGGAUUCAAGGGACAACAACCAACUCUGAGGAUGACGCUGGCGCUCAGGGUCUUGCGGCAACGCCACAACCUCACUUCAAUCUUGAUUCGGUACGGCGCAUCACGCUCACUAUGGCCAGAUUCGACGUUGGUGCAGCUUUCAGGCGUCUGCAGGAGGAGGCAGUCCCAUUCAUCAACGAUGAGAGCCUCAAGGUGUCGGUCAAGAAGCUCUGCCUGAUGUUGUCAGGAAACUCAAUCUGAGAUACUUCCGAACGUUUACCAGGAAUGCCGACCGACGCCCUUCGCAGCAUCCUUUCUGAGAUCAAGCCAGCAGUGAUUCGGCUUUCCACUCAGGAGACACGCCUAUUCCUGGACCUCUCGUAUGAGCUUGCCACAACCGGUCGUGUACGAUCUUAAGCUCUGGAGAUAGAUCAAGAAGAGGACCUGCUGCAGCUUUUCCAGGGU